UAAAUGCCUCCAUCGCAAGUUUUCAAGAUAAAAGGCUGCUUGUCAUGCAGUUGUGAGUUGAACGUCAGUUCUAGGUAAAUUUUGGUGUGAGGAGGUACUGAGUAUUUGGUGUUCAAGGAUCUUAACGAUUUGUGUGCAUUUCAGGUACUCUGACUUGGGAUCUUUCUUGGUUAUCUUUCAGGAAAACAUACUGGAAGAUUGAAAUGGUGAGUGUUCGCUGUUCUACGGAGUAACCAUAUGAAUUACAUGAACUAUUGAUGCUAAAUCUUCCAGGCGCCUUAUGAUCAGUUUAUAUUGUUUGGUUGGUGGAUCUUGGUAGAUUGAUGAAGAGUUCCAAUACUGAUGUACCACUCCACUCCAGGUGAUAGUAUUACCCAGGGCUCAAACGAACCUAAUGGGUUCUCAUUUGCAUCUGCGCUUCAGCAUGGUAUGAAUCCAAUACUCCGGAAUAUCACUCUUGAUGCACUGUUUGAGAGAAAACCCAUCCUAAGUCUCGGGGUUGAAAGAUUCGCUAAUAUUCUCCUAGCAUACGCCCGAAAACUUGAUGUCAUAAAUCGAGGCUUCAGGUUCGUUUUCUACGAAUUUCCUCGGGAAAAUCGCAAUAUAUCUACUAACCAACUUCUAGUGCCUACAACACCAACCACGCACUGGAAGUUCUCCCACACUUCUUCCCCACUCCCUCUCAAGCCAAAAUUCGUUUUCUAGUAAGACCUUACAUUUCUACCUAAAUCCAACCCAAUCCACCGAAAAAUCUGACAUCCAUCAGCUCAUCUUCUUCGGCGCCAAUGAUCUGAACCGCGGCCCCACCGCAAAUCAAUAUGUUCCUCUUCCCCAAUUCAUCCAAAAUAUAAAGACACUCAUCUCUCAUCCUCUCAUCCAAGCUCACGAACCAAGAAUUAUACUUGUAACGCCAGCACCGGUUGACGAGGCAACCUGUAGAGUUACGAAUGGUGAGUGGGGAUAUUCGGAUGAUCCUAGACGGGUGAUAGAUACGAGGGAGUAUAGGAAUGCAGUGGUGAGGAUUGGGGAGGAAAACGGAUUAGGCGUUGUGGAUUUAUGGAGUGCGUUUAUGGGUGCUUGUGGGUAUGUGGUUAUUUGGUUGUUACUCUGCAACUUUGGAAGACGUGUUUGAGAGCUGUUAACUGACGUUUAUAUCCCAAUAGAUGGAAAGAGGGAGACGAUGAGGCCAAAAUGCCGGGCCUAGAAGAAAAUGGCCGGGAUGCUAAUCUCACAAAAUUACUGUAUGAUGGUAAGUCAGUUGAUUUAAAUUCACACACGAAAAGCGGAAUAAAAUACAUUAUAUAUACUAAUUAAAAAAUUCCCAGGUCUACAUUUCAGCGGAGAAGGCUAUAAGAUUCUUUUUGAAGAAGUAAUGAAAUGUAUUGCAGAGAAGUUUCCAGAUCAAACUCCUGAUAAAUUAGAGAAUGUUGUUCGGAUGCAGUGGGAGAUAGAUAUGGGACGGUAGAUAAUAUAUAGUGGAGGGUUUGGAGUAAGAGUAGACUAGAGUAGAGAGUAGAGUAUAGAGAGUAGAGAGUUGCAACAAAGUUGUUAGAGAAUUAGACACUUUUAAGAGAGCAAACCAAGUCGAUCUUUUGGCAGCGUACUUGUACUCGUACAAGACGAAUGGUUUACUGUUAUCAGCA